AUGUCUACAGCGGCUCGUCGCCGUCUCAUGCGCGACUUCAAGCGCAUGCAGACUGAUCCACCGGCCGGUGUCUCCGCUUCGCCUAUCCCAGACAAUGUCAUGACCUGGAAUGCCGUUAUCAUUGGUCCUGGCGAUACGCCCUUUGAAGACGGAACCUUCCGCCUGGUCAUGACGUUUGACGAACAGUACCCGAACAAGCCGCCCUCGGUCAAGUUUCUGAGUACAAUGUUCCACCCGAACGUGUACGGCUCCGGCGAGCUCUGUCUAGACAUCCUGCAAAAUCGGUGGAGCCCGACUUACGACGUGGCUGCCGUACUGACCAGCAUUCAGAGUCUUCUGAACGAUCCAAACACCAGCUCGCCGGCCAACGUGGAGGCGUCGAACCUGUACAAGGACAACCGCAAAGAGUAUCACAAGAGAGUGCGCGAGACGGUGGAGAAGAGCUGGGACGAUUGA